AUGCCGAGCGCGCGAGAAUUAUUAGCGCUCGAGGAGGCGUACGAAUCGCUCGAUCCGGCGCGGAAACGCGCGGUGUCGAGGGUCCAAGCGCGCGUGCGCGGCUGGGCGCACAGAAACAAGGCGCGCGCGGUGGAGCGGCGAGAGGCGCGCGCGUUGGGCGGAUGCUGGGCGCGAUUCGCGCUGCGCCCGAGGACGACGAUGUUGGAGCAGUAUCGGGCGCACUUGGGCGGUCCGAUCGCGAGUGGGACCGGGGAUUUGUUCAUCACGAGCGAGGCGAUUUGUUUCUAUUGCGACGCGGCGGACGCGAGCGAGCGGGACGGAAUUUUAUUCUCGCCGAGUAAGAAAAAGGCGAGAGAGGGGACGAAACCGAUCUCGUUAAAGAUUUCAUAUCCCGAGAUCGCGGGCGUGAGCGCUCGGGAGUCGAGUUGGGAGCCUGGGGUGACGCUCUCGAUGAAAGAUGGGAGCUCGAUGUGGUUCGGGGGGUUUUACUUUCCGUCGAGCGUCCAAAAGUUGAUUGAAAACGAGUGGACGAAGCAGACGAAGACCAAGCUCGAGAGCGCGCGACAGAUUCGAACGGAGAUGAUCUUGGCGAUGGAAAAUAAGAGAAGCGCUCUGGCGAAGAGGGAGCAGAGUAAGAAUGACGAAGAGCUCAAUGCGCUUCGCGAGGAAAUGCGCGAGGACAAGGAAAAUCUGAGACGGGCCGAAGCGAAAGCACGCGACGCCGCGGUCGAGAUCGAGAUCCUGCGCGAGAACGAAGUGCGCAUGGAGAAGCAACGGAAGAAAUUGUUCGGGCAGAUUCGCGAUUUCGAGGUGGAGUGCGAAAACUUGCGUCACAAGACAAACUCGGCGAAUGUCGCGAGGCGCGCCGCAGAGACAAAGCUUCGCGAGCUCGAGACCAAGUUCGACGACAAGAUCGAUCAAUUGCUCGAGGACAAAAAUGGUACGAUUAACGAUCUCAGUGCCGAAGUGAGCCGAUACAAGGAGAUGUGGGAGCAAGAUAAGGCGCAGAUGCGUUUGGAUGUUGAAAAGGCGAGACGCUCUGCGAGCGAGCUUCGCGACCAACGCGACUCGUUGGUGAGAGAAAAGUCCAAGCUCACGAUCGAGCUCGGUGAGCUCGGUUCGGAGCUCACCAAAUUCUCCGAGUUGUCUUCCAACGAGUCUCGCCGCGUGUGCGAGCUCGAGUCCGAGCUCGAGCGCGUGCGCGCAGAGAGUAAAGAAUCGGCUGAGAAGCGCGCGGCUCUCAAGAGCAAGUACGACGAGGCAAUGCAGCGAUUGUCGUCGAUUGAAUCACGAGCGGCGAGCGCCGUCACCGAAGCCGAACUCAAAGUGAAGACGGACGAGAUCGAGCGACUUAACGCGCACUGUGAGGCACUUCGAGGUAGGCUCAACAAGAAGGUUGAUGAUCUCGCCGUUCUUCGAGCCAAGAACGAGGAGGCGAUGGAAGAGAUUUCCAAUCUCAAGGCGGCGCGAGAGGGCGACGCGGAGCGCGUCGCCGCCGCGAAGCCCGUCGAGGACACCGCUAAUAUACAGAAGAUCACCGCCGAACUCGAGGCAAAGGCGAACGAGGUGAAGAGUCUUCAGGCGCAAGUCGAGUCGCUCAGAUUGAAUUUCACAACUGCGAGCGCUGCGAACGCCAAGCUCGACGCGAAAUACGAAGAGGUCAAAAGCGCGCUCGCCGCGCACGCCGCCAAGGAGGCGAACGUCAAGAAUGCCACCACCGAUAUCGAGAUGCAGCUUCGAAGUGCGCUCGAGAACAAGGAGACGAAGAUCGAGGCGCUGCAGGCGGAGCUCGCCGCGUUGAACAACGCGCGCGAGACGUCGGCGACUAUAUCGGCCACGUUGAAGGUAAAGUACGAAGAGGCCAAGCGACAGAUCGAAGUUCUGCAAUCGGAGAAGGAAAAUAUCGCCAAGGUGAACGCAAACGAGUUAUCGAAGAGCGAAGUGUCGCUUCGCGAGCAGCUUCAAGCAGCUUCAGCCAAAUGCGAAGCACUCCAGGGUGAAGUCGACGCGCUUCGUGUGCAGCGCGAGAACGCAGCCGUUACCGAGGCUAAGCUCCAGUCCAAGCUCGAAGAGACCGCGUCUAACCUGAGUGAGCUGAAAUCUCAGCGAGAUGCUUCGUUGGAAACUUUCAUCAAGGAGCGCCAAGAGCUUGAGCGCGCGCUUGUCGAGGCCAAGGAGGCGAGCACCGCCGCAUUGACUGCGGCGCAAUCCGAGCGUGAUUCCCUGCGCGAAGCGAAGGAAACAUCUAACAUCUCGCUCGUCUCUCUCAAGGCUAAAUUGGAGGAAUCGAACAAGGCUCUCUGCGCGUCCAAGACCGAGCUCGAUCUCGCCAAGUCGGCUCGCGAGGAGGCGAUGAUGAAGAUGCACGAGGCGCAGCGAGGCGAAGAAGCUGCCAAGAUCAAGCUCGUUGAGGUUGAGAAAAACCUCGUACAGCGCGAGACAGAAUCGAAGUCGCUCAAGUCGGAGAUCGAUGCCUUCACCACCGCGGCAAAGGCGGCGGAGGCCCGUGAACGCGAGGCACGUGAUGAGCUUCAAGAGUUGCGACGACAAAACGAUCUUCUGCUCAAGGAGCACGGUACCCUGUCGGGUCGAUCGAAGGAACUCGAAGAGAAGGCGAACCAGCUCACCGAGGUGGAGAAAGAAAUGUCCGCACUCAAGGCUGAGAUUACGACCACGGCGUUGCAGCAAGAAAAGUGGAAGCAAGACGUCGAGUACGCAAAGGCUGAAAUCGAGCGCUCGCGAUCCAAGGAGGAGGCGCACAACGAAAAGUACAUGGACAUGUUGAAGCACAUGAGCGAAGCAGAACGAGAGGCGGCGUCCGCGCGCGCCGCGGAGUCGGUCGCCCGUGAUUACGCCGCGAAGAGCAGUGAGUCGGCGAAAGAAACGGCGGAGCGAGAGGUUCGUAUGCGCGACGAGUUGGCAACCAUGCGCGUGGCGUACGAAGUGCUCUCCACAGAUUUCCGUUCCAAGACGGAGGAGUUCUCGCGCGAAGUCAGUCGUCUCGAACGAGAGGUGAGCGAUGCUCAAAAUAACGUCAAGGUGCUCGAGGUCAAGCUUGAUGAGGCGCGAGAGAAGAUUAGCAACCUCGAGCAGCUCAACAUUGAGGCGUCAAAUAAACUCGACAAGCGUCGUGAGACCAACUUGCGACAAAAAGAAGAGACGAAAAAACUGUACGAGGCGUAUCAAGCCGCCAUGGCCCAGUGCGAAGAGACGCAGCGAUUGCUCGAGCGUGAGCAGAUGGAAACGCGCGAUAUGCACAUGCAAAAGGCCCUCGAGAAGCAACGCUCCAGCUCCGCGCUCCUAGGCUCCAGACCUGCGUUCACUCGACAGCCCUUCGGCGACGCCAAUCGCGGUGGGUCUCCGAUUAACAACGGCCCCCGAGCGCUUCCGGGCGUGCGAUCUAUCGAUGAGAUGCUGCCUUCGUUGGCGAAGCGCGAGGCAAACGCGUACAAGGCCAUUGCGCCGCCUCCGAUGGGCAGCCCGCCCCAGUGA